AUGUUGCACGUUGUUGAGCUGUUGAAAACAGGAGCUCUUUUAGAUACAGAACUUACGAAUGAAAUCCCAGAAAAUGAGUAUAUCAAAUAUUUUUCACCAGAAUACUUGUUGAAUAUUCCAAAUGGUUACAUGGAGAAUUUAACUAGCAAAUCAUAUCUUAGUACAAUAAAAAUGCAAGUAUUGGAAAAUCUUUGUAGCAUCCAACAUGCUCCAGGUGUACAAAUGCAAGAGGUUCCACCUGAUUUCUGUAUUCCUGAUUUUGAUGAAGAUGAGCAAAAUCCUGAUGAGUGCAUGGAUCAGCACACCCAAGACAAGCAAAUUCAGCGUGACGAUGAAUAUUACAAUGGAGACAAUGAUAAUGGUCAUAACACGGCCAUUUGA